CACCUAAUCACCUAAAUUAUAUUUAAUACAAUGAACUAAGCCUUAUAGUGCGAGCUCUGAGAAUGCCAAAAUGUUAGCAGUGUGACAAAAUGUUAUCAAAUGUGGGAUGCUGUCUGAUACGCACUCUAUGUCAGCUAAUAGGGUUAACUGAGGUUAAUGGAUUAGAGUUUCAGCUGCUUCUGACAGAACCUUCAGAGGGAGGCUUCACUCCAGCUUCACACAGUGUUUCACUGAGGCACAGAUAAAUCACAGGUAGGUUCCCUCUUCAUGCUAGUUUUGGAUCAUGUGUAACUGAUUAUUUUCAAGGAUUAUUGUUACUAUAAAAUUUCUGUGUAUAAUCGUCUUUUACGUCUAUUUUCUUUGCUUCAGAAUAAAAGCUCACAAGAACUUAGAAAGUAAUGUUACAAAACUCCUGAGUCUCAAAGUCUUGGAAUACUUUUGCUGACUAUGUGUUAUUGGUUGACAGUGCAGAGAUUGAGAAAUAAGUUCUUCCAUCAAAUGACUACUGAAUCUGGAAAAUAUUGUUGGGAUUUUUCUGUUAAGUUCAAUGCUGAGGUGAAGUGAAACAUUCCUUCAUCACAGCCUGAUGUCUCCUGGAAGUCUCAAAGAACCAUCAGUAGAAUUACUGUAGAAAAGUACAGAAGUGUGUCACUGCCAGUCAGACACGUUAUGGUGACAGUUAUAUUUUUAUAAUGACAUAUGAAAAUAUAUUCUUCUAAAAGAUUACUACUUCAUAAAAAGGCACAGAGAUUUAAGUCUCAUUAAAACGAGCAUUUCUUGUUGUCACAAGAUGCUGCUCUAUUUAUUUCCUAGCUCUGAUAGUUAAAAGAUUCCAUAGAAAAGCACUUUGUCGUGAAAAAUAGUGGUGAGGAUUUAUCAAACUUUGCGUAAUGCUUGCUGGAAGAACUAAAAUUUCAUUAAAACCUAUUUCAAAAAAAGCAUCAAGAUAACAUGUCUGGUGUUACAGUGUAGUGCUGUGUAAAAGUGGUUAGUAUCAUGUAGAAUGUUUUGUACAGACCUUUAAAGAAAGUCUUGUUCUGGUUUAGCUUUACAUGAGCUUCUUUAUUAGCACCAGGACACACAAUAAGCUCAAGAAACAUGUUUCCUCUGCUGCUUGAAGUCCUGCACCAUCUGCUCUGGGUUUUAUUCUCACUGCAGCACAUGUCUGAUUAACUUUCAGUGGACAGAAGGAGCAGAAGCUGAGCAUCUGCUCUGACAUCACUGCACAUAAAUACUUGCGUGCAAAAUGUUUAUAUGGUUUCCCUCUAUUCACCGAUGCAUUGCCACAAACUUGCAUAGUAUCUAACAGGAGAGCACGUGGCUUUUAUUCAUUGUGUAACACUCUUCACCGAACCAAUAAAUUAAUGUAUGAGUGUGAAGUCAGUCAGGGUUCCUGGGAAGGAAACAGCUACACUGUAUUUUUCUUUUCCCCGGGGAGGGGGGGGAGCGGUAUUGCCAUCUUAACCUGAACAUUUCUGCUGAACUGAAAAAUAACUUCUAAGCACCUCUUUCAGGGGCUUAAAUAUUUGCUCAAGCUUGUAAACAUCUAUUUCCUUGGUAGAGCAAGGUUAGAGAGGACACGUUUGUUUGGUCAGGAACAGAUUGGACUCAUCAGAAUCCUUCCAGCUUUAAGGUUCACAACACAAGCAGAGCACAAGCUGCCUGUUUACAAAAUAUCUGCAUAUGGCCAAGCAAAUCUCACAUAACACGCACGCACACACACACACACAACACACACACACACACACACACACAUAUAUAUGUUUGUUUCUCUAUCUUUGCAGGAAUUUUCCAUUGACUUCCAUUCAUUUCUACAGCAUAACCCUAAUCCUGACACUGAUCAUUACCAGCACAUGCAUAACCCUAAGCCUAAGCAAAUAUCAUUUCACACUUUAGUCCUACCCAUAACCCAAAAAACAGAAUUUCCCGUCAAUGUAAUAUGUAUUAGGAAAAUAGUCCCUGCAAUGUAUUAAAUAAAUAAUACACACACAAACAAACUGUUGAAAUGGUGACAAGUGUUUUGGAGAUAUAGGUUUUAAAACAAUGCCAGUCAACUGUGUUUACAAGAUGGGUGUACUCUUUACACAUCCUGUGUGUGUGUGUGUGUGUGUGUGUGUGUGUGUGUGUGUGUGUGUGUGUGUGUGUGUGUCUCUCAGUGAACCGUAUAGGAUGGAAGGUCUUCCACUGAAGAUGCCCCAGGCUGUCAUCUUACAAGAAGUCAAAGAUGAUGUCAAAGUGACGAUGCCUGAUUACCUCAGCAUAUUACGGGAAACAGCAUAUGAGUUCAGCUUGGAGAACUGGGUGUUAACUGGCUUACAGAAUGGUCCCACCCACCAUCAGCGGCCUCAGCCAUUCACCCCUCCAUCUGAACUUUUACCAUCUUGUCCUCCGUACUGGAUGAUGUUCAGCAGCCCACAGCAGAGUCGUCUAGCCAGCCGCCACAGCUCUGACUUUUGGGAACCAAAUCCUCGACAACGCUCCCACAGCCUCAAUCCUGCUGUACUUCGCACCACCUUCACCAUCUCGGACUCGGAGGAUGAAGGAGGAAAUACUGUGCAGGAAGCCAAUGAAAACCUGACAGCUAAAGCUUGUUUGAAGGAAGAGCACCCAGCUGCUUCAUGUCAGAGCGGUCAAAGAAAAGCACAGAGAGCCUUCAUCCCAGACCUGCUGAAUCCUCCAUCCUGCCUGAGCAGCCUCCCCCACAAGCGUAGGAAGAACCUGCGGCAGUGUUCUGUCUCUGGGACAGACAUGUCCAAAAAACAAGAGUCCAACAUGGACAGUCAGCCUCUGAGCUCAUUCUCAUACAAAGCGCCCAACACCAGGACCUAUACCACCGACAAAUCCACUGGAAACCAUAAAACAGCAGAUAUGAUGCGUCUCAGACCAAACUGCUGCAGAGCUCACCACAGAGCCUCGCUGUGCGGGAGCCUGAGCUCUGCUCUGGACUCGUCUGUGGAGCUCUUGUCAGCUCUGAGCCCAGAGGAGAGGGAGCUGCUCAGGGUCGUCACUGCCCGGGGAUACCCCCUCCGCACUGCCAUCAUUGCCCUGCAGAGGGCAGGACAACAGACCCCAGAUCAGAUCCUGAAUUACCUGGUUGCGUGUGAGCACCUGUGUCAGCUGGGCUAUGACAUGGCUCAGGUGGAAGAAGCCCUGGAGAUGUUUCAGAACUGUGAAACAAAGGUGGCGGAGGAGUUCCUCCACCUCCUGACUCAGUUCAAUGAGAUGGGCUUCCAGCCACACACCAUCAAAGAAGUGCUGCUUGUCCAUGAGAAUCACAGAGAGCGGGCGCUUGAGGAGCUGAUGAUGCAUGUGGCGUGACGGCACGGCCACAUGCAGUUCGGUUCAAACUGAAGAGUGGGUUUUAGGCAGUAGGUUUUGGUUGUGUUCAGUAAUGCUAUAUUCAUGAUUUUCAUAUUAUUUUUUUUGUACUAAACCACUUCAGUUAAACUCUCAGCAUAUGUCAUAAUGAGUUUUAGGACAGUUCUAUUUUCGUAGAAGUUAUUUUUGGAAGCAUAGAAACUAAACCAUGAAUUAUUGUGUUGUAUCUAAAACUAAAUAAGGUCCAGAUGUCAUUUUAUUUUUCUCCAUUUAGCUCCUCUGCCUGAGUUUGACAAGACAUUGAUGUUCAUUGGUCUGACCUACUGCAGAGUGAGGGGUCUGGAAUGUUCAAUCAAAGUGGAUCUGCAGCUGCAUCCACUUUUAAAUGCUUCAGAUCAGCGUUACACUACAAAAUGUAGCUCAUUAAUGAAACCCACUACAAAGAGAAGCCCACCUGAUGAGGCCACGCUUUAGAGACAGCUUACACGGGCAGUAGCCCAGGGCCCCAUUUUUGGGUGGUCCCUAAAGAGUUUCCUGUCUUUUUCAUGUUUUUCUUUUUUUAUUUAAUGAAUGGGUCUUUUGCAACAUUUCACUUUAUAUAAAAGUCAUGUGAGUUGUAUUAUUUUAGGAUUUUUAGACUAUAAACAAUGACCAAGGAGUUAUUGUCUGGAGGAUGUAUUUAACCGAGCAAGCAUCAGUUCAUACCUGCUGAUGUAUGUAGGAUUAUAUUAUUUACUGUAAUUUGCAUUAGCAAGAUAUUUCUUAUGUAAAGGAUAGGGCACCAAAGCUGGCUGCACCCCAGGGCCCACAUCCUUUUAUAUGUGGGCCCUGGGGUGCCACAUAUAAAAAUACAAACUCCAUCAGCUCAAGAGUCAGAACAUAUGAAUGAUCUAGUUUAUACUAGCCUUUAAGCAUCAGUUCAUACCUGCUGAUGUAUGUAGAAUUACUGUAUAUUAUUUACUGUAAUUUGCAUUAGCAAGAUAUUUCUUACUUAAAGGAUAGGGCACCAAAGCUGGCUGCACCCCAGGGCCCACAUCCUUUUAUAUCCGGCCCUGGUCAAUGUCUUUCCAUAUCUGCAGUCAAAGUAAACAGAAAAUACAAACUCCAUCAGCUCAAGAGUCAGAACAUAUGAAUGAUCUAGUUUAUACCAGCCUUUAAAUGAUUAUUAUAGAUGAAUUAUUAUCACCACAGCAAUGAGGGGGUGCAAAGAGAAAGCUGCUUAAAUAUUUGUUCAGUCUUUUUCUCUUUGGUUUGCUCUGAUCAAUUGCUCUCAAAGGUGUCUGCAGGAUAUAGGCUAAGAGUGUUUUGUCAUUUCUUUGAGUACUGAACCAUUGCUGAUGUCUUUCCUACUUGGCAUUGCUGGAACACACACCUGUUUGCUCCUGAACAGCAAACUCCCAGAAGCACAGUGGGAGACCACACAGCACCAAGAAAGCACGCAGGGUCAACUUUUCCAGUUUUACUUCUUCUUUGUGUAAUAAAUAACAGUGCAGAACCUGUUCCACAUUUAGAUCUGAAUCAUUUUCAAACCUGAUAAAUACCAGAUAUCUUUCAUAUGCUCUGAUAUGGAAAAUACAAACAUUGAAGCAGGGUGUACUUUCUUUUUAUCAAGACUAUCUGUGCUGGAUGGUGUGCUCACAGAGUUCCCAAAUUGCUUCAAAUGUAAUUUAGAAUCAUAACAAAAACAUGUUUCAAUAUAAAAACUGCAUCUUC